AUGAGAAACAUUACAGCUUCUCAUAAUUACAUCCAUUCUUCAGUAUGGCGCUGGCCAGUCCCAUAUUUGAUGGGAGGAAUGGUGUGCAUGAUUGUUCUCAUAGUCAUUGCUUUGAUCAUUCUAGCUUACUCCUCCUGGAAAGAUCCAGACACUUCUGGGGAUGAUAAUAAUAAUGAUAAUAGCAGAAGUGAUGCAAAUUCUAGUCAGAAGAAUGAAAUGAUGAAGAAUGUGUUAUAUUCUUCAGAGGAUGAUAAAGAGGAGAGAGUGAUUGUUAUCAUGGCUGGUGAACAAAACCCUACUUUCAUUGCCAAGCCCACUUCUGUGCCUGCCGCAACAUGA